GCCGGCGCACCGAAGCUUCCCGGCGAGCGCAGGCGUCCCCUCGGCGUGAAGCCCCAGCAGGUCACGUCGGCGAUGUCGAUGGGUGCGACGGCAUGGCUGCCGCUGGCGCGUGCGGCGGCCGUGGGGUGGAUGCCGGUGGCCAGGGCCCCGAUGCCGGCGGCCCCGCUGGAAGCGCAGCACGGCAAAGGCGGCGUGCUGGUGCUGAACGUGAGCGGGAUCAGAUUCCAGACUUGGCGGGACACAUUGGAGCGGUACCCCGACACGCUGCUGGGCAGCUCCGAGAGGGACUUCUUCUUUCAGGAGGAAAACCACGAGUUCUUUUUCGACCGAGACCCGGACCUGUUCCGACACAUUCUCAACUUCUACCGGACCGGGAAGCUGCACUUCCCGCGCCAGGACUGCAUCUCGGCCUUCGACGAGGAGCUGACCUUUUUCGGCAUCGUCCCGGAAAUGAUCGGGGACUGCUGCUACGAGGACUACAAGGACCGGCGCAGGGAGAACCAGGAGCAGGUCCAAGACGAGGAGGAGGCCGACGCCGGCCAUGAGCAGGUCUCGGCGGACGUCAACUUCCGGGAGUCCAUGUGGCGCGCCUUCGAGAACCCGCACACGUCCACCACGGCGCUGGUCUUCUACUACGUGACGGGCUUCUUCAUCGCCGUGUCCGUGCUGGCCAACGUGGUGGAGACGGUCCCGUGCGGCGCCGGGGUCAGGGCGGCGCCGUGCGGGGAGCGCUACGAGCUGGCCUUCUUCUGCUUGGACACGGCCUGUGUGAUGAUCUUCACCGUGGAGUACGUGCUGCGCCUGGUGGCGGCGCCCUGCCGCUUCAAGUUCGUGAAGAGCGUCAUGUCGCUCAUCGACGUGGUGGCCAUCUUGCCCUACUACAUCGGCCUGGUCAUGCCCGAGAACGAGGACGUGAGCGGCGCCUUCGUCACGCUGCGCGUCUUCCGCGUCUUCCGCAUCUUCAAGUUCUCGCGCCACUCGGCCGGCCUGCGCAUCCUCGGCUACACGCUGAAGAGCUGCGCCUCCGAGCUGGGCUUCCUGCUCUUCACCCUCACCAUGGCCAUCAUCAUCUUCGCCACCGUCAUGUUCUACGCCGAGAAGACCUCCAAAGCCUCCGCCUUCACCUCCAUCCCCGCCGCCUUCUGGUACACCAUCGUCACCAUGACCACGCUGGGGUACGGGGACAUGGUUCCGGGGACGGUGAUGGGCAAGAUCGUGGGGUCCAUGUGCUCCCUGAGCGGCGUCCUGGUGAUCGCGCUGCCCGUGCCCGUCAUCGUGUCCAACUUCAGCCGCAUCUACCUGCAGAGCCAGCGCGCAGAGAAGAGGCGGGCGCAGAAGAAAAGUCGUCUGGCCAGAAUUAGCGCCGGAAAGAAGGCGGGCGCCAACGCUUACCUGCGCCACAAACUGCUGAGCGAAGCUGACCCCGAGGCGUCCAAAGAGGCGGGGCAGGCGCCGGCGUGCAAGGCAGACGGCGGCAUGAAGGCGCAGCACCAUCACCUCCUGCACUGCCUGGAAAAAACCACGAACCACGACUUUGCGGACCCCAACACGUCGGAGUGGAGCUGCGCCCAGGAGACGCCGCCGAAGGAAGCUCCCGGCGCCUCCUCUUCCCCAUCCCCCACCUUCUCCACCUGCUGGACCCGCAAGACCUUUGACCUCUGUCGCUCCACCGGCAGCCAUGUGCAGGUCUGCGUGCCGCAACCUUUGACCUACAGUCGUUCCAGUUUGAACGCCAGGUUCCAGGAGGCGGUCCCGCUGAAAGGCGAGCGGCCUUCCGUCGGCAGCCUGACUCCGCUCGCCACGACGGAGCGGGUGUCUGAGCUCUGAAGGUUCCGUCCCAGUAGGGGUGGACAAGCUGAAGGUUUGGACUCAAGGAAGCUGCCGGCUUGGCUAGCCGGCUUGGCUAGCCGGCUUGGCUAGCUGGAGAUAAUGACAACGCCCACGCUAGGCGUACCCCAUAUGAUAUCCAUAUAUUUCAUAGCUCCUGUACAUGAUGACGUGUCAUGGAAGAUGAAUUCUUUGUGCUUUUCUUGUGGAAAG